UGUAUACUGGUAACUGGAAAUAAAGCUCAAUCAACUAACAUUUAGCAAAUCAAAAUCUAGAUCAUCUUCCAUUAGGAGAGCAAUUCAUACAAUUCAUUCACUGUUCAUUAUACCCACACGGGCCACACAGCCAGAUUGGGAAAGUAGAGAGAGAGAGAGAGGGGUGAUUGUGGUCCUCACUCUUAUAUCUCUCUAUCCAUUGUACCUUUUUUCACCUUUCUUUCAGCAUGCCUUCACCUUCCUUCAUGACAACCUGUAUAAUUCAGAUCCACCGUACCUUUAUUUUUUUCAUCUCUUCCUUCUUCUUUCACCAUCCUGAGAACCCAGAAAAAAAUGGAUACAAGGCCAUCACCAACAUUGAAAAACAAGGCGUACACCAAGAAAAUGGUGGAAGAUGAAGAGGAUGACUUGGAGGAGGAGGAAGACGAAGUAGAAGAAGAAGACGAGGGUUUUGAGGGUCAUGUGAGGAAAAAAAUAAAUCUUGUUGGUGGGUCUGGAAGAAAAGGGUCUACUGCUGCUGCUGCUGCUGGUGGAAGAGGAGGAGUGAUGUCGCCGCCUUCUUGUCAGGUGGAAAAGUGUGCCUCUGAUUUGACUGAUUCGAAGAAGUAUCACCGGCGCCAUAAGGUGUGUGAAGCUCACGCCAAAGCGCCGGUGGUCAUGGUCGCCGGGAUGCGGCAACGAUUCUGUCAGCAAUGCAGCAGGUUCCAUGAGCUGUUGGAGUUCGACGAAGCGAAAAGAAGUUGUCGCAGGCGUUUGGCUGGCCACAAUGAAAGGCGUCGGAAGAAUUCAUGUGACUCUCCUGGAGAGGGCUCAAAUCGCAGAGUGUUGGGUCGUAAGUUGAAGGAAAACCAACGCCGGUUGGUUGUUGAAAGAGGCAGAGCUCAAAUGGCCUUCCAUGAGAAUUCCUCUUACGGAGAUUUCCACACCCUUUGAGAUCCCGAAAGCAUUGCUUACUCUCUUCUGUCAUCCCAACGGUAUCUAUGUGCCCCUUGCAAUUAUAUUUCUUUAAGCUAUUUAUUGAAGAACUGUGUCCAGAUCAAGUGCAAAAAGGCAUCACCAUUGAAAGUACACUGUACACCAUCGUCAGCUUUAUGCUUUUCCUGUUGAUCUGAUUGUAUGUGUGGGACUGAAUUUGUGUGGUUAGGCUUCCAGUGUUACGGUAUUAUAUUGUGUGAUAUUUCUGGUUUUAUUUUUAUGUACUCACGCGUUUGU